GGUGUCAGGAUGUCACUGUCUAUUUCUCCAUGGAGGAGUGGGAGUAUUUAGAAGGACACCAGGAUCUCUACAAGGACUACUUGGUUGCAGUUGGAAGGGAAUAAAACACACAUGACUGAGCGGAUAAUACACCUCGCCCUGGAGAUCAUCUGCCUGGUGACCGGAGAGAGAUUUCCUCCGGUGCAGUCCGGUGACCAUGUGACCAUCAAGGUGUCUCCACCUCCUGCCCUAAAACCUGAGAGGAACAAAGAACAGAAGAUUCUAGAAGUCACCAAGAAGAUCAUUGAGUUGCUGACUGGAGAGGUGGAACAUCUGAUCAAUGUUAAAGUUGAAGUCACAGAGAGUGAAGAAGAGGUGUGUUUGAGAACUGAUGUGCAAUGUAAGGAGGAGAAAGUUCCUAAAGAUAGAUCCAAGUGCGAAGAGAAGAAAGUUCCUGCAGAGGGAUCCAAGUGUAAAGAGGAGAAAGUUCCUGCAGAGGGAUCCAAGUGUAAGGAGGAGAAAGUUUCUGAAAAUGGAUCCAAGUUUACAGAGGAGAAAGUUUCCACGGAUGGAUCCAAGUGGAAGCAGGAGAAUGUUCCUACAGAUGGAUCCAAGUGGGAGCAGGAGAAGGUUCCUACAGAUGGAUCCAUGUGGGAGCAGGAGAAGGUUCCUACAGAUGGAUCCAAGUGGGAGCAGGAGAAGGUUCCUACAGAUGGAUCCAUGUGGGAGCAGGAGAAGGUUCCUACAAAUGGAUCCAAGUGGGAGAAGGUUCCUGCAAAUGGAUACAACUGCAAAGAGGAGAAAGUUCCUGCAGGUGGAUCCAAGUGGGAGCAGGAGAAGGUUCCUGCAGAUGGAUCCAAGUGGGAGCAGAAGGUGGUUCCUACAGAUGGAUCCAAGUGGGAGCAGGAGAAGGUUCCUACAGAUGGAUCCAAGUGGGAGCAGGUGAAGGUUCCUACAGAUGGAUCCAAGUGGGAGAAGGUUCCUGCAAAUGGAUACAACUGCAAAGAGGAGAAAGUUCCUGCAGGUGGAUCCAAGUGGAAGCUGGAGAACGUUCCUACAGAAGGAUCCAGUAACAGAAACCCACCAGAGAGAUGUCCCCGUCCUCUGUAUUCCACACAGGAAGAUCACACCAUCCCUCACCAUCAUCAGGGUGAAGCUAUGAUGAAGAUAAAAGCACAAGUAGGUGAAGAAGUGUGUAUGGAGGUUGACCUGCUAAGUGAAGAGAGCCAAGCUCCACCCGAGAUCUGCACAGAUGGAUCCAGCGGCAGAAUUAUACCGGAGAAACGUUCCCGUCCUCUUACCACACAGAGAGAUCACAGCCUCCACCACCAUGAUCAGGAUGAAGAAAUGAAAGAUUUCCAGGUUGUCGUUAUUAAAGAGGAGAACGAGGAGAACUUGGCAUUUCCUAUGACGAGGGAGGAGGAACUUCCAGCAGAGAUCGGGACAGAUGGAACCUACGUCAGGAAGACUACAGAGAGAUAUCGUAGUUCUUCACGGAAUCACGCCGGUCAGAAUAGUGACGUCUCUCCGGGUUCCCCGGAAAAUUUCCUCUACAACUCCGACAUAAAUCUGGGACUUUACAUUGCCGACAUAUCCCCCGAUUCUGGCAAGAGCAGUGGGGGGAGCCGGGGGGAACGGGUAUAUCGCUGCUCCGAGUGCAAUAAGACUUUUUGCCAGAACGCCGCCCUCGUUCGACAUCAGAGGAACCACACCGGUGAAAAGCCCUUCCCAUGUGUGGAUUGUGGGAAAAGUUUUACCCGGAAGUCGAUCCUGGUGGAACAUCGGAGGAUUCACACGGGUGAAAAGCCGUUCUCAUGUUUGGAGUGCGGAAAGUGUUUCACGCAGAGAUCGGGUCUCCUCAUUCACCGCAAGACCCACAGAGGCCCCAUGAAAUUUCCGUGCAGCGGGUGUGGGAAUUUUUUUGCGCUGACGAUAAACACUGACACGGGGCAGAUAGAGACCUUUUGUGCCAGCUGCCGAAAAUCUACCAUCCCGCCUCCUAUUUCGCCUAUUUCUCCUAAGUCCAAUGGCUACAAUGCAGAAGAGGGAUCAAUUCUAUACAUAGCAGAAGAGAUAGGCAUCCCAGGACAGGAGAAUAGUAAAAACAUCUCUCGGGAGUCUAAACUUCUCAGCCAGUCUAAAACUCCCACGGGGGAAAAGCGGUACACGUGUAACGAGUGCAAUAAAAGCUUCACGCGGAAGUCCAUCCUGGUGGAGCACCAGAGAAUCCACACAGGGGAGAAGCCAUUCUCCUGCUCCCAGUGUUGGAAAAGUUUCACACAAAGAUCCGGCCUCCUCAUACACCGGAGGAUUCAUGCCCGCGAGAAAAUAUAUUCCUGCUCGGAGUGCGGUUGUAUUUUUACCCAGAAGGCCAACAAUCUUGCCGGCGAAGAGAGUUCCUGCCCUGACUGCCGAAACUCUGCUAUCCAGAAGGCUUAGCAUGUGGUCCCACCAAACUUCCAGGCCUUCUUGGGGUGCACAAAGUGUUUUGUUCGAAGGUUAUAACUUGUUUACAGAUGAAGAACACAUUACCCCAA